AUGCCUAUGGUGAAAAGGGUCCAUGAGGAUGGACUGGUGUUCCAGGCAAUUAAGCUGAUGAGGAAAAAGGGGAUUGGAGGGAUUCCUGUUAUUGAAAAGGGUAGUAGCAAGGCAGUGGGUAAUAUAAGCUUAAGAGAUGUUCAGUUCUUGCUAACUGCUCCAGAAAUCUACCAUGAUUAUAGAUCUAUCACGGCAAAGAACUUCCUGACAGCCGUUAGAAGCUACUUAGAGAAAAAUCAUGAGAACUGCCCAUUAGUGACUGGCAUGAUCACAUGCAAAAGGGACCACACAAUGAAAGAAUUGAUUCAGCUUCUUGAUUCUGAGAAGAUUCACUGGAUAUAUGUAGUCGAUAAUGAUGGGAAUCUGGAGGGAGUUAUCACACUGAGAGACAUUAUCUCAAAGCUAGUACAUGAGCCCCGUGGCUACUUUGGCGAUUUCUUUGAUGGUGUUCUGCCACUGCCCCAAAACAGCAGGGUUUAACAUCAAGAAUAACAUCGAUUGACACCUUUUUUGCUAGUUUUGUUUUCUUGUAAUGAUCUCUCCUUGUCCUUUGGUUUCUUGUAGAUGGGUUGAUUAUGUUGAUUGUAACAUAGGCAAGCACUUGUAAUUAAUUUUACCCCAGUGUGACUGAGUUAACUUUUCUGUAUAUUUUUCCAGUGUUACAAUCUAAUAAAGAGAUCCCUUCUUCAUCUA